AUGCCUGGACCAGGGUCCCUGUGUGAUCCUUGCGCGCCCUCAGACGGCACAGUCUCGACCGCCAACUGUCUCAUGGCCAGGUCAAAGAGGGGCUGCAUCACCUGCAGAAUCCGUCGUGUAAAAUGCGACGAGACAAAGCCGCAAUGCAAGAGGUGCCAGUCCACGAAGCGUGUCUGUGACGGCUAUCUCUCCGAAGAAAGCUUCAUGCCACGCCGACAGCUUGUUGAAGCCGUCAAACAACUGUCUAUAAUUGGCCCUGUCUCGCGCGCCCUUGCUCAGACCCCUCCAUCCAAGUCAAUAUCGCCAGAUGAUCCAAGUUACUUUACCUUUUUCCGCAGUGUCACUGUCCCCAGUACAUGCAGCUUGUUUCCGUCGAGUUUCUGGCAACAAAGCGUCUUGCAGUUGGCACAUGGCGAACCCGCUAUAUGGCAUGCAGCGAUCGCAUUAGGGGCCCUUCAUCAGAGGACAGAGGCUCCAGCUACAAGCACCAGCAAAGAUAUUGAGGAGCUUUCUACUCGCGCCGUUACGCACUACGGAAAGGCCAUGGCUCUUGCCAAGGACUUGAAUUCGUCUGCAAAAGUCGUCAGCUUGUCGCUUGCCCUUGCAGCCUCUGCAAAUAUGCUUGGACGUUGGGAAGAAAUGCACACCCAUGUCAUGGCCGGCCUUGGGAUAAUUUCUAAAGAUAUCGCGCACGGUAAGAGCCUCGAUAUCCUCGGUGGUUCUCUUAUGAGGGUCGACCUUCAAGCCAUGACCUUUAGUGACUCUGCAUCACCAUAUCCAUACAACGAAUCUACAGCAGCGUUUGAUCUGAACCACUUCCUUGAGAUACCCUCUAUUCCACCAAGCUCUUACGAAGACCUCAGUUCUGAACUCUUCAGUAUAUCCAGAGCCUUCUUUCUACUCGACAGUGGCUUGUUCCACGAGGCGAUGCCGUAUGGUCCUUGGCUCACAAAGGUAGAUGGCUUCAUCAGACGACUGGUCCAGUGGGAGACCAACAUGGCCAUGUACGAAGCUUCAAACACUGAGCCUACGUAUGACGAGAACACUACCAGGCUCUCGCUCCGCCUGUACCAUGUGGCUCUCCGUAUACUUAUUCGAGCAACUGCCUUUGGUCCCGAAACUCGGUACGACUCGUUGCUGGGGUACUUUGAGUACGCGAUCCGGCUCGCAGCAACACUUCACAAGAGAACAAGUGGAAAGAACGCAGUCAGGGUUAGCCUUGAGCCCGGCUUGGUCAUUCCAUUGUUCUUGGUCAUACACCGCUGUCGCCACCACGCGCUGCGACAUGCUACCCUCAAGAUGCUUCUGAAGACCAACAGAGUCGAAGGCAUGUGGAGGAGCGACGCUACUGCCCAAGGCCUCGGCACGAUCGUAGCAGUGGAGGAAGAAUCACUGGGAUCCAUCAAUACCCGAGACUACGUGCCGUCCUUGUUGGAUCCUGCCUCUUUGACUAUCCCCUGGAGUGCUUGGUCCAAACCCUCAUUCAAUCUUCAUGCUAGCGUCAGUUGGGACGAUGUGCCAAUGAUACCAGAAGACAAGCGAGUGAAAGAGGUCUAUGCUGCCACUUCGUAUAACAAGCGACGAGCUGAGCUUCGCCUCUUGAUGUCCCCGAGCAAUGACACGGACUUGCAUGGGCCGAUGAGAGAGCUGACGGUGCACUUUUAG